GCCUGGCCGGAGCUCCGGUGCCGCCGUGGCCCGUCGGUUCUCCCAGUGCAGCCGCCGCCAUGGGGAUCCUGGAGAAGAUCUCCGAGAUCGAGAAGGAGAUUGCUCGGACGCAGAAGAACAAGGCCACCGAGUAUCACCUGGGCCUGCUGAAAGCAAAACUCGCCAAGUAUCGGGCCCAGCUCCUGGAACCGUCCAAGUCAGCCUCAUCCAAAGGAGAGGGCUUCGAUGUCAUGAAGUCAGGAGACGCCCGCGUGGCACUGAUUGGAUUCCCCUCUGUGGGUAAGUCCACCUUCUUGAGUCUGAUGACCUCCACAGCCAGUGAAGCUGCGUCCUAUGAAUUCACGACCCUGACGUGUAUCCCUGGGGUCAUUGAAUACAAAGGAGCCAACAUCCAGCUCCUGGACCUUCCUGGAAUCAUUGAAGGCGCAGCGCAAGGGAAAGGCCGUGGCCGGCAGGUGAUUGCUGUGGCGCGCACAGCUGACGUUGUCAUCAUGAUGCUGGACGCCACUAAGGGAGAGGUGCAGAGGUCUCUGCUGGAGAAGGAGCUGGAGUCGGUAGGCAUCCGCCUCAACAAGCACAAGCCCAACAUCUACUUCAAGCCCAAGAAGGGUGGUGGCAUCUCCUUUAACUCAACAGUCACGCUGACCCAGUGCUCGGAAAAGCUGGUGCAGCUGAUCCUGCAUGAAUACAAGAUCUUCAAUGCGGAAGUGCUCUUCCGAGAAGACUGCUCCCCAGAUGAGUUCAUCGAUGUGAUCGUGGGCAACCGCGUGUACAUGCCCUGCUUGUAUGUUUAUAACAAAAUUGACCAGAUCUCAAUGGAAGAAGUGGACCGUCUGGCCCGGAAACCCAACAGUGUGGUCAUCAGCUGUGGCAUGAAGCUGAACCUCGACUACUUGCUCGAGAUGCUUUGGGAGUAUUUGGCCCUGACCUGCAUCUACACCAAGAAGAGAGGACAGAGGCCAGACUUCACAGACGCCAUCAUCCUCCGGAAAGGGGCCUCCGUGGAGCACGUGUGCCACCGCAUCCACCGGUCGCUGGCCAGCCAGUUCAAGUACGCGCUGGUGUGGGGCACCAGCACCAAGUACAGCCCGCAGCGGGUGGGCCUGACCCACACCAUGGAGCAUGAGGACGUCAUCCAGAUCGUCAAGAAGUAGUGGCUCCUGCCAGGCUCCCACCCGCCUUGUCUCCCUGGGGAGUCGGAACCAGUGGGACACACCAAAGCCCAAACAGGAAAAAUACAAAUACACCCCAGGAGAAUCUCUUAAGUCUCUGCUGUUUCCAGAAGUUUCUUCACUAGGCAGAUGAUGAAGAAUAUGUUGGGGCAGAGGGAAGGAUGAAGUUGGGGGAUUUGGGUGGGGGGCAUUUCCCAUGAGACCAGCUCCUCAGAUGGGGGUUCUGAGUAUGGAACCCUGGGCCUGGGCCCCCCCCAACCCCCGGCCCCCUUCAGGCCCUAAGGGAGCAAGUUGUCCACCAGACCCCCAGCCAGGGCCUAACGCAGAUGGCUUGCUUUGGUGCUGGGGUGGGGUGCCUGGCCUGCCUGGGUCCCUGGAGGCAGAAGUUACUGUGGGGGCCCCUUAGCCCCUGCCAGCUUCUCUGGCACUCAGGGAGGGGCUUCCCCAGGACAAAACCCC